AUGGCUUCAAAGGCAGCAGAAUUCGCGUCCCAGUUUGUAGAACUCAGCAGGAAGGGCCAGGCACUGGAGAUGUUGCCAGACCUAAAGGAGGUGAUCAUGGGAGUGGGAAGUCCGGGCUUUGCAAUUUCCACCCAGGAGGAAACAGCAAUGCGUUUGAAGCCAAACAAGAUGUUCAGAAGGGUGCUGGCGUUGAUGGAAAACAAGGAGGCGGUGGCAGCUUUGGUGUCUCUAAUCAUCCCCAAGGAAAGCACUCCUGAUGACGCAUACCACGUCAUGCUGGGGGUGCUGCUCAAACUUAGCUCCAUCCCCUCGUUUGCGAAAGAGUUCGCCGACGUCCCAGCCGCGCCAGCUCUCCUCCUCUGCCAGCGCUUCCUCCUCCCGGAACUCGAAACCGCCUCGCGCAGGCGUGCCGCCUGGGACCCUAGCUACGUUAACGCUGCCUCCCUAUACAACCAGCUUCUCAACAACUUGAUCCGGCACAGCCCACGUUUCGCAGCGGACGCCCUAGACUCCCGCCUGAUAUACGACUUGCUGCGCGCUUUCCCAUUCGCCCCUCGGCCGUUUCUGGCCUGGGCGGCCACUCUUGAGGUGACAUCUGUCACGAACCUAGCCAGUUACCAGGCAUCGACGCUCGUCUGCCUCCAGGAUACCAACCCCCAGGGUCCUCGAGACAUCCGCCUGAAAGAUCUAGACCUUGUGCGCAACUGGCUAGACCGGUUCCUGGGCUUUCUGGACGCCUUUAGGGGGCCGCUGCUCUCGCGCGGGGAGGGGGCCCGGUUUGGUGCCGCGGCAGUUUACGUGCUGCGCUUCGUGGAUGUUGUGGAGGGCACAAAGGAAGUAAACCGGGCGCUCUUUACGUCGGCACGGCGGGCGGCAAUGCUACUGACGGCGGAAAGGGUGUGCGCACUGGGGAAAAGCUAUGAGGCGUUCGGGCGGCAGGUCGUGCAGACCGUGGACCGAGCGUGGGUGGAGAUGGCACGAGUCGCCGCCGGAAAGGAUAGCUGGGAACGGGACGAAAGGGCUCGCACUUCAGUAACUAGAGCAGAGGCGCUUUUUGACAAGUUGCGGACGGCCAAGGAGGAUGGGGAUACGUGGGGCUUCCAGCUUCGAGAUCUGCACGAGGAGAUGCAGAAAGGCGGGUUGCACGUGCAAGACGCGCAGAGGCUAGCCGCGCGGGGACUCGUCUCGCUGCUCGUUGACAUUCUCGAGGGAGAGGAUAUGUCAAAGGAACGAAAACCAGGGCUCGUCUCUGGCACGACCGAGGGCCCUGUCUGGCCGGCCCUCGAAAUGCUCGUGGCUCUUGCGGAGCCCUUUGACCCUGCGAACCCCGGCGGGAAUGAGGCCUUCUGCCGGGAGCUUGCGGAAGCCGUGCCGCGGCUGUCGCGCUUUGCGGGAGGCGGGGCGGUCGGCGCACUCGGGUCGUUCGAGCUGCGCUUGCUUUUGGAGGCGCUCUUCACAGUGCUCAGAUUGAAUCCGGACGAACGGUGGGCGGCGCGCUGGCCGCUUCUGGACGUCCUCCUCGCAGCAUGCAAGCGGUUCAUCCCGACCGAUCCCGGCGCGUGGCGUGCAUCUGGGACCGCAUAG